CACUUGGGGGAGGAGCCUGCAACCUUUAAAAGUGGAGUGGUGUCACGUCUGAUGUGAUCCCACUGCAGGUGUUCAACAUGGCCAACUGGAUUAUUAACAAUGGCGUUACUUGUGUCACACUGGUGGUGUGGAUGGGCAUCAACAUCUUCCUCUUUGUCUGGUUUUAUCUUUUCUAUGACCUGGGAGAUCAGUUCUUUUACACGCGCCAUCUCUUAGGGUCAGCUUUGGCCUGGGCCAGGGCCCCCGCUGCCGUGCUCAACUUCAACUGCCUGCUGAUCCUCCUUCCUGUGUGUCGUAACCUGCUGUCCCUCAUACGUGGCUCACUCGUGUGUUGCAGUCGGAGCUUGAGGAAGCAGCUGGACAAAAAUAUCGACUUCCACAAGUUGGUGGCUUACACAAUUGCUCUGAUGACAGCCGUUCACGUCAUCGCCCAUCUUCUGAACGUCGAGUGGUACAACAACAGCAGACAAGGCGUUUACGAUGAGCUCAGCACGGCGCUGUCCAAUCUGGAAGACACCAAAAACACCACCUACCUCAACCCCAUUCGCAUAACAAGCCUCGAUCUGCAGCAAAUUCCCACUUAUUUUGUGUUCACCACCAUUGCCGGCAUCACGGGGGUCAUCAUCACCCUGGCCCUCAUCCUCAUCAUCACCUCUUCCAUGGAGGUCAUCCGCCGCAGCUACUUUGAGGUCUUCUGGUACACGCACCACCUCUUCAUCAUCUUCUUCGCCGGCCUUGUCAUUCAUGGUGCCGGGCGCAUUGUCAGGAGUCAGCAAGACAGCCCAUCGCACAACUUUACCAUCUGCAAAGACCGCAGCGCUGAGUGGGGGCGAAUUCCCGAGUGCCCAGUACCACAGUUUGCAGGGGGCUUUCCACAGACAUGGAUGUGGGUGAUCGGGCCAAUGAUCCUGUACCUGUGUGAGAGGCUGUUGCGUUUAGUCCGAUACUUGCAGACAGUCCGAUACCGAAAGAUCGUAAUGCAUCCGUCUAAGGUGCUGGAGUUGCAGCUAGUCAAGAGCGGCUUCAAAAUGGCCGUGGGCCAGUACGUGUUCCUCAACUGCCCGGCCAUCUCUCAGCUGGAGUGGCAUCCGUUCACCAUGACCUCGGCCCCCGAGGAGGACUUCUUCAGCGUACACAUCCGUUCGGCCGGAGACUGGACCGAAAAACUCAUCAGCAUCAUGCAGCAGCUGCCCGAGGGCGGGCAAGGGCCCAAAAUGGGUGUGGACGGGCCCUUCGGUACGGCCAGUGAGGACGUGUUCGACUACGAGGUGGCCAUGCUGGUGGGCGCGGGAAUCGGCGUCACUCCCUUCGCUUCCAUCCUCAAGUCCAUCUGGUACAAAUUCAAGGAGUCUAACCCAGUUCUGCGCACGCGAAAGAUCUACUUUUAUUGGCUGUGCCGAGAGACAAAUGCCUUCGAGUGGUUUGCCGACCUGCUACAGCACCAAGAGAGGGAGAUGGAGGAGAGGGGCAUUGGAGAUUUUCUCACCUACAAGCUCUUUCUGACCGGAUGGGAUCAGAGUCAUGCCAAUCACGCCAUGGUGCACUUUGACGAGGAGACCGACGUGGUCACUGGACUCCGACAGAAAACUCACUAUGGAAGACCCAACUGGGAUAAGGAGUUUGAACAAGUCCGCAAAGAGAACCCCUCGGCCGUGGUGGGAACAUUUUUGUGUGGCCCGUUGGCUUUGGCCAAGGUCUUGGAAAAGAAAUGCGCCAAAUACUCAGACGUGGACCCGCGCAAGACAAAGUUCUAUUUCAACAAGGAGAACUUUUAAGAUGUGGAAAAACAGAAGCAGCGAUUUCCUUGAAGCAAGACCUGUUGGGGAAUGUUGCUCAUUGCUAAUUAAGGCAGACUCACCCCCGUGUCGAAAGCACACACGCAAAAAACAAAAAACAACCUUUCAUGACAAUGCUGGGUGUGUUGCUCCACUGGUCUAUUCUCUCUUUACCACUUGGUUUUGAUUGUUUAUGCAAACAUAUUUAAGAACAGGGUUUUCUUUAUAAAAUGAGCGCGCGGUUAUUACAAAAGCCAGAAAAUUGUGUGUGAAGUCAAAGCCAGAAGUUGCAGUUUUAGUUGUAAUAGUAACAGGAUAAAGUCACGCUAUUGCAAGCAAUAAAAAUAGUCAACAUUUUAAAACAUAACCAUGUCAUCAGGGAAAGGUUUUCAUUUUUAAAGUAAUAAAAUUGCACUUGAGAAAAACAAUCAGAAUUUUAAGAUGAGAAUGUUUUAAAUGAUAAAUUCCUUACUAUUAUGAAAAAAGUAGUAUUUCUAAAAUAUAAUGAGGCAGGUGUCACAUUAUUGGGAAAAUCUAAAUUUAAAAGAUUGAGGGGAAAAAAAGUUGGAUAUUUAAAACAAUAGUCACAAUAUUCCGUAAAAGAUAAUUAGUAUAGUCCCAAUAUUACAAGAAAGGUCGAUUUAAAAAGUAUAACGACUUAAGAUACAUUGGGAAAGUGGUCAUUUAAAGAGUCAGAAUAUUACCUAACAGUGGUAAUUUAAAAAAAUAGUGACAUUUAAAAUAAAAAAGUAUUGAAAAUGAUAUACAAUCAGAAAAAAGUAAAAUAUAACAGUCGCAAUAUUACUAGGGGGGGAAAAAGCAAUUUUAAAGAGUAGUUCCCAAAAUCUGUUACGAAAAGUAAAAUUAUUGCAAUUUUAAACAAACGUAACGCUAACACAAAAAAUAUUUUUUGGCUGUGCCGCUUAAUUGAACAAUAAAAUAAAAACUUCUAAAGAAUUGCCCCAAGAGCCGUUUGGGGCCAUGAGCUUUGUUCCCUUUCACACCAGAAUUUGAAGUAGUUACUUUUUUAUUGUGUCAUGAAUGUUGCAUCAAAGUACAAUACCUCUGUAUCUUUUGCCAAAUUUUCUACUUUAGCAUUUUGACAUAUGUUCAAUGACAUGUGAAGGUAAACUUAGGCACUUUGUUUUUGUAAAUAAGAGCACUGAUUUCUAAUAAGUUUUUAAUUCAUGAUUGGACACUGGCGGUUCCUGACAGAUAAAACCAAUGAUUCACUGUGCGUGCUGUCAAAAUAGUUUUGUACAGUUCUGAGACAGAAGUAGUGCACCGGGAAAAAGGAGGCAUCAUAUGGCGUGCGCGUGCGGUUAAUGAUCUACUGAAGUCAAGAACUCAAGUUCUAUUAUUGUGUCUUUAUGCUUCUGUUAAAUAAAGAAGUGCUCAUGUUUUAA